AUGAAGAUGCUCACAAAGUUUGAGUCCAAGUCCUCGCGGGCCAAGGGCGUGGCCUUCCACCCCACGCGGCCGUGGGUUUUGGUCGCUCUCCACCUGUCGAUCAUCCAACUUUGGGACUACCGCAUGGGCACAUUGAUUGACCGCUUCGAGGAUCACGAAGGUCCGGUCCGGUGCGUGAACUUCCAUCCGACACAGCCUUUGUUUGUUUCCGGUUCCGAUGACUACUCGAUCAAGGUCUGGUCCCUUACUAGUAGAAAGUGUAUUUUCACGUUGACUGGCCACUUGGACUACUUGCGUAACGUGUCUUUCCACCAUGACUUGCCGUGGAUUCUUUCUUGUUCGGAUGACCAGACCAUUCGUAUUUGGAAUUGGCAGAAUCGUCAGGAAAUUGCGUGCUUGACCGGCCACAACCACUACGUGUUGCUGGCCCAAUUCCACCCCUCCGAGGAUUUGAUCGUGUCUGCUUCUUUGGACCUGACUGUGCGUGUGUGGGAUAUCUCUGGCUUGAGAAAGAAGCAUUCCGCUCCCCAGUCGCAACAACAUUCCUUCGAGGAUCAGAUGCAAAGAAGACAGUUGCCACAGCAGGAUAUUUUUGGAAACGUCAACGCCGUGGUCAAAUAUGUCUUGGAGGGCCACGACAAAGGUGUCAACUGGGCUGCUUUCCAUCCCACCUUGCCAUUGAUCGUUUCCGCUGCUGAUGACAGACUCGUCAAGUUGUGGCGUAUGAGCGACACCAAGGCCUGGGAGGUCGACACUUGCCGUGGCCACACUGGAAACGUCAUCUGCGCGGUUUUCCACCCUCAUCAAGACUUGAUUCUUUCGGUCUCUGACGACAAAACUAUUCGUGUUUGGGACUUGAAUAAACGUACUCCAGUGAAGCAGUUCAAGAGAGAGAACGACCGUUUCUGGAUGAUUGCCAACCAUCCUACUAUGAACUUGUUUGCCACAUGCCAUGAUUCCGGUUUGAUGGUCUUCAAGCUCGAAAGAGAGAGACCAGCCCACACCUUGUUCCAGAACAAGCUCUACUAUGUCAAUGGUGAGAAGCAAUUGCAAAGUUUCGACACCUCUAGAGAUGAGACUUCCAUGCCAAUGUUGUCCAUGAAAAAAAUCGGUAAGGCUUGGUCUUUCAUGAAAACUCUCUCAUACAACUCUGCUGAGAACUCCAUGCUUGUAACUCAUGGCGAUGGCGACAACGGUAUGUAUGCUUUGUUGACAUUGCCCAAACAAAUCACCGGUGCUCUUGAACCAUCGGACAUUAGACUGGGCGAGGCCAAUUUUGCUUGCUUCAUCUCCCGUAACCGUUUUGUUACGUUUGUCAAAUCAUCUAAAGUUUUGUAUGUCAAGGACAUGAACAACUCCGUGACCAAGUCCAUACAGCUCGACCUGGCUAUUACUGAUGUCUUGAAUGCCAAUGGUGGUCGUGUUAUUUUGGUUAGAAACCACUCUGUCACUUUGUACGAUGUUCAACAGAAGAAGGAGUUGAACACAAUGUCUGCAAACAAAAUUAAGUAUGCCGUUUGGUCUCCUGACGGAAACUACCUUGCCUUGCUUUCAAAGCACACAGUGACUAUUGCAACUAAGGAUUUGCAACACGUCACCUCCUUGCAUGAGACUAUUCGUGUGAAGAGUGCCGCUUGGGAUGAGUCUGGUGUUUUAUUGUACUCUACAUUGAAUCACAUCAAGUAUGGUCUCUUAAACGGCGACAACGGAAUCAUCAAAACUUUGAAGGAUACAUUAUACAUUGUGAAGAUUCUGGGCAACAAGGUGUACUGCUUGAACCGUCAAGGUCAAGCUGAAGUGGUUGUGAUCGACCCAACCGAGUAUAGAUUCAAACGUUCCUUGGUUAACAAAAAUUUCGCUGAGGUGUUGAGAAUUAUCAAAAACUCCAACUUGGUGGGUCAAAACAUCAUUGCAUACAUACAGAAGAAGGGUUACUCCGAAAUCGCCUUGCAAUUCGUGCAAGACCCAGAGACUCGCUUCGAAUUGGCUUUGGAGUGUGGUGAUCUUGCUAUUGCUGAGACCGAGGCUGAAAAGUUGGACUCCAAGAAGACCUGGAAGAAGCUUGCCGAUGAGGCUUUGCUCCAGGGAAAUGUCGAAGUUGUGGAACGUGCCUUCCAAAGACUCCAGCUGUUUGACAAAUUGUCUUUCCUCUAUUUGAGUAAAGGUGAUAGCGAACGCUUGAACAAGAUGACAGUGAUUGCUGAAGCUCAACUGAACCCUUCGUCGGUUCUUCAAAACACAAUUUACACUAAUGAUGUGGAUGCUAGAAUUAAUGCUCUCGCAAAGGGAGGUCUUGUCUCGUUGGCGUACACUUUAGCCGUCACAACUGGUCGCAACGAGAUCGCUGAGGAGCUCUUGCAGGCCGGAAAACCAGAAGACCUCAAUUUGGGUGUUACAGGUGCCCCAUUACAAGUCCCACAACCCGUUGGCUCUGUUGCUGAGAACUGGCCUCUUAAGCCAAGCACUCUCACCUCUUUUGAAUCUGCAUUCAAGAGUGGCAACUUGGAUGACUUCGUGGAAGAUUCCAAGAUCGAGAGUCACACCGAGAGUGGUUCAACCUCGGUCCCCACAGCUGCCUUUAACGAUCUCGCAUUGGAUGACGAGUCCGAGCAGGAAGACGCCGGGUGGGAGUUGGAUGAGGAUGAUCUUGGCAUCGAUGAUGAGCUAGAUGAUGUCGAGGCUGACUUUGUUGAAGCUGAUGGAGCUAUAGUUGAAACAGAAUCUGGAUUGGAGGGCGAAAUCACGUACUGGCUCCGCAACAAUAAAACUGCUGCUGGUUGUGCCGCAGCAGGAGCUUUUGAACAGGCUGCUUCCUUGUUAAACAAACAGGUUGGUGUCGUCAAUUUUGCGCCAUUGAGAAAAAGAUUUAUGGAGGUUUAUUCAAGCAACAAAUUGUACUUGCCUGGUGUUGACGGCUUGCCUGCUAUGAAGAGUUACAUCCGCAAGCGUGAUGACGAAGAUUCAAGUGACAGCUUUGUUCCAUUCAUUCCUGGUUUCGAGGAAAUGGAUGAAAAAUUGAGUUCGGCGUUCAAGUUCUUCCGUGGCAACAACUUGCCCGAAGCAAUCUCAGUUUUCCGUGAUAUCAUCUACACAAUCACCUUGUUGAGCGUCAGUGAGGAUGAGAAGGAGGCCAAAUGCGAGGACAUCUUGACCUUGUGUCGCGAGUACAUUCUUGGAUUGUCCAUUGAAUUGGAACGUCGUUCCGUGGAGACCACAGAUGUCAAACGUAACCUAGAAUUGGCUGCCUACUUUACACGUGCCAAGCUUCAAAACACGCACCGCGUCAAUGCUUUGCAAGUUGCCAUGCUGCAGUCAUUCAAAAACAAAAAUUACAGCAGCGCUUCAUACUUUGCCGGUGAGCUUUUGAACAUCUUGCCAACUGGUCCAAAGGCUGAGCAAGCGAAGAAAAUCCGCGCUAGAUCCGACACAAUUGCCAGUGAUGCCAUCGAGAUCGACUUUGAUCCAUACGCUGACUUUGACAUUUGUUGCGCCUCUUUCACUCCUAUCUACAAGGGUGAAGAGGAAGUCUUGGAGGCUUUGGUUGGUGCUAAGUACAAGGUUGAGUACAAGGGACUGGUCUGCCGUAUCACAAAUAUCACUUGCGUUGGUGUUCCCGCUUCUGGAUUGCGGAUCAAAAACGAGUGUUAA